AUGGUAAAGUUUGAAACAAGGGAAGGACAUCUUCAGGCUCUUGAUAAGUUUUUAGGACAACUGGAAAGAUAUAACUUGAGACUCAACCUAAAGACGAGCAUGUUCGAAAUCACAUCAAGGAAGCUGUUAAGGCACAUAGUAAGUCAACAGGGUAUAGAGAUCGAUGUGGACAAUAUCAAAGCCAUUCAAGAGAUGUCAGUGCCAAAGAUAGAGAAAGAGGUCAGAGGUGCGCCUUGUUAUCAAGGGGAUUGGAUAAUGCAAGUUCAGAUGGGACCAAAAGAGAAGCCAUGGUUCUAUGAUCUGAAUAAGUUCAUAGAAAGCAGGGAGUAUCCAGAAGAGGCGACAGCCAAGGAAAUGUACGCGCUACGGAUUCAAGCCAAGAACUAUAUCAGCCAUGAGGGAGUCUUGUAUAAGAGAAUGGUGUCGAGUGUACAGCUACGAUGUGUAACUAAAGUAGAAGCUCAGGUAGUGAUGGAGGAAAUACACAAAGGAGUAUGA